CAAGGAAGUUAUUUUAUUGUUUCAAACGAGGAAGUAACGUGAGUCAUUUAGUAAAAACCGGUAUACAGACUGAUAGUGUACAUAAGAUAACUUCCAAAUUUUAUCACCUUAUGGUUACUGUGAUCCAAACCGCUGGUUCUUGGUUGCAAAUAAGGUUUUUGUCUGCGAGGACAUAUUUACUUUUUGCACUUUCAAGUCAUCUGGAUUUCUAAUUUUACAAAUGUAAUCCUAACGCAUCUCUCUGAGCAGUCUGAGCAGAAGACAAUCGGUUUUCCAAAGAAGCCGUCUUAAAAGCCUCUUUCGCUGCCUUCAGUGGACGGAGUGAUGUUACGUGUGGCGGUGGGCGAAAUGUUAAUAGCGCGAAACGAGUUAUUUUUGUUAGGUGAUCUACAGUCACUAAAACUUCUAUUAAGUGCUAAGUGACAAUAGUAUGCGUAAAAUGUGCGUUAGUAUAUUGAUAACGCUCCCGUAGUUGCACUUUUCUGAGACUUUUAAAGUAUAAACGCACUGGGAUUUACGUGCACUGCACUAGUUUUAAAUAAUUUAAAUAUACAGUAGGUUGUACGACCCGAAUCCGAGUGUAUUUAUGCAUUAUUUAUAAAGUAUUUUCAUUCGAGAUUUUCACAAGCGGGUCUGAUCAAUUUUUCUGAUUGACUCUUGAACUGGACCGCAUACAAUGGCACAUUGAAGAACAUAAAUGUCAAGGGAGAGAGACCUGAGAAUGCAGAAUUUGGAUAUGUCGAGUGGGGCAGCUCUUAGCGGUGAUUUACGCAACGGCUCGGAUGCUGGUGACGCAGAAAAAGGCGGCUUUGCUCUCUCCGUUCCGCGGACAGUGGCAGAGCGGCCCCAAAGAAAACUCAUACUUCACCUGGACCUCAACAACACCAUCCUCGUCUCUGAUGCUGUGACGAAGCAGGGGACUGUAGCAGCUUUGGACUACUUCCUUUCUACGGUCACCUGGGGGAAAAUGAGUAAACAAGGCAAAUGGGAGUGGGUGAGUGAGGCGCCCUCCCUCCUUCCUCCAUGUGAGGGCGCUGUGAGCUACUACUCCCAGUUCGGUCGGGUGCCUGACUUCACGGGCACGGGCCAGGGCCGGCGUUUUCGGGGUGUGCUGGAGGAGCACCUGUCCCUGCUGCAGUGGACUGGGGAGGAGGACAGGGAGCUGUCUGUGCGGGGCGAGGACGGCCGGUUGUACCACUGGAUCAUGCCCUCCUUCUUCCAGCUGCUGCAGGACCUGGCAUCCCUGGGGAGGGACUUCGCCAUCGUGUUCCGCACCUUCGGGACCGACCUGCCCCGCGUCCUGCGUGCCGUGCGCAAAGCUCUGACAGGGGGCGCCCAUCCGCUCUUCCCUGACCUUCCCCUGCUUUCGCUGCCCCUGAACGAGACCCCCGGGCGGAUCCGCUGCAGUAAGAAGGAUGUGGUUCUGAGCCGGGGCGUGGAGCGGGUUUCGGCGCGGGACGACGAGAGGAGCCUGCACCACUACUUCAGCUCACUCCAGGGCCUGGGCGGGUUCCAGGACCACUUCGACUGGUGGGCUCGCAACACGUACUCCAUACAUGGGGGGAAACCACUGUGGAUUGAUCCCUUUGAUCCCCAAGUGCAGCACAUCUUCAUAGAUGACAACAUUCGCCUGAACGACAGCGACACCAUUGUCCAUCCAAAGGUUUUUUUGGAGCCCGCAGGCUUGCAGACUCGCACAGCCUCAACCUCUGAGCUCUAUGAUAUCAGCCUGGUUCAGACCGACCUUCUCAGGGCCAUUUCCGAUCUCAGCUACUUCACCCGUUGCGUUCAGAUCUGCGAAGAGAACUACGAGAAGAACCUCGAACAGGCAGCGCGCUAGAGUCUCAACGCCCUGCCGCCAUGCACAGACACAGAUCGCCACACUUCCUCUUGCUGCAGCAUGAUUGACAUACAUCUGGAAGAAUUAAACAUACCAGCACCACUGACAAAGUUUUCAACCUUUUGCUUUACAACUCCAAAAGUGUUAGUAAGAAAAUUCGUCACCAUCAUCUAAAGACAGUGAAAGUUCAAGCCUUUCUUGUUGGAUACCUUUGCAAGAUCGACCGCUAAUUACUAAGUCUUACUUGAAUUUGGCCAACAUCCAUGCAUUGCCAGCUGUAAAAACUCCUGACAACUGCUUGGUGGUGUCUAAUCUUUAGAAUUACAGUCUCUUUAUAGAAGCCUGAUUAAAAUGCAGAAGGUGCACAUUUACUGCUUUUCUGAAAUGCAAAUUUGUAAGUCUAGCUGAGAUUUGUGGAGUGACAUAAUACACACAACGGGUCUUAUCUAAAGAAGUGCAGUGGAGUGUUUUUCUACUAUUAUGUAGCAUAGACAGUAACAAGAGUGUGCUGGAAGUGCUGAUGGCAGAGCUAGUCUGUGAGGCGAAGAUAAUAAAUUGCAUUAGGGUCAUUGUAUAGCAGUUGUGAAUUCCCAAUUGCCUGCAGAAAUUUAAGCGAAUAAAAAUGAUAGCAGCUUGUGAGCAGCUACUAUGGUAUGACAUCUGAUUUUUGUACACGCAUAUUUAUUCAAUAUAUUGGUCAGUGUUUUGGUUUUCUGUGCAUAAAACUAGGUAAUGGACUACAUCCUAGACUAUCCAGACCUGGGGCUUUUGAUGGUUAACAGGGUUAUUGCACAACAACCGUGCUUACUCAAUGCUGUAUUGUAUCAAAUGACUUCAUUGAUUUCCACUUGAGUGGAGUUUGCAAAAAGCACUAAUCAGGUAUAUCAAGAGUAUUUGGCCAGGAAAAAUUCUCAAUGAUGCUUUUUUGUCAAUUUUCCUUUUAAAGAUUCCUAUGUAACACAACACUUCUUCAAGAAUAAUAUAUCUAGGGGCAUUUCUGAUGAUUUAUUCUCCCUUGAGCAGUGUUUAUUAAAUUGACCUUAUACUGAAUAUCCAGUAUUAGGUCAUUUUAAUAUUUUGCAUUUUGUUAAAGGCAAUAUUACUACUGUUGUUGACCAGAAUUCCAAUGUUUGUGGUUGCAGAAAGGACACAAAAUGUCCGUUGCUUAGCUUUAUACAUCUUCAAUGCUCAGUCACUAUUAUCAUUUACCUAUUGAUUUGGCUUAAUCACUCAGAUUCUGAGUGAUUUAGCAAUAAAGCUUUUAGAAUGUUCAACUUUAACGUAUAGGGAAUAAACAGAUGUUUUGCAGUCUCA